UCACUGCCAUGGAUGUGGUGUACGCUCUGAAACGCCAGGGCCGCACUCUCUAUGGGUUCGGCGGCUGAGCAAAUCGACCCUUUUCCAGCGAACCAAAAGGCUCUUUUCAGAGCCACCCAAACCCUCCAAGUGAGAGCGGAGACCUGAGCACAGGAAAGGCAGCACAUAGAGAGGGUGUAGUGUACCGCAGCUGGUUAUAAUUCUGCCCUGAUGCGAAAUGUCACAGAUUGCAGUAUUUCUAUUUCAUUCCUUCCAGGAAUGAUAUUCAGUUCAGUUUUCAUUCAGGGAAGCCUGCAGAUGUUUUAAUGGCCUGUUGUUACACUCUGUCUGUUACAGUUUUCGGACUAAUUCUAACUGGGUGAAAGAAAAAUGAGCCGAUAAAUUGAGAUUGUGUAACUUUUUUAGCGUACACUAUUAGCUUUGAAGAUGCUUCAAUCGGCGGUGUUAUUUAGAUUCAUUAACGGAGGUGACACGGCCGGUUGAUUAGUUUGAGAUAACAAGAUGUGGAGCUGGAUGAACACAGCAGUCCAAGCAGCAUCAGAGGAGCAGGAAGGCUGACGUUUCGGGCUUAGACCCUUCUUCAGAAGUCUGGGCUGUGUUAAAACACCGCGCUUUCCUCCUACCUGUUACGGGCAGAUCAGGCAAUGAUCCCGCGUCCUAUCCGCGUUAACUGCAAGUUAGGUUUAAAAAGAAAUCCCACAAAGUACAGAUUUUAUCGUCGUUGGACUUUGUUUUGCAUUUAAAUAUUUGACUUAAUUUCAGGAUUGCGAGGUAAAAUCGGCGGGCUUUUUGAAAUUGACAAACUGUCAUUUGAAGUUAACCAAUCAGACUCCAACAACUAUUUUAUUGCCUUUUCUGUACCUUCCGCAGCUGUUUCUCAGUGGGUUGAGGGACGGGACUGUAUCCAAUCCCAGCUCUAAGGCGGGUUCUUCAAUUCCCUUAAAUAGGCAGCACCGCCGCAGACUCAGCAUUGAUAGCAGCAACGUGUACGUGUGUUGCAGAGAAUGGCCAGAACCAAACAGACAGCGCGUAAAUCCACCGGAGGGAAAGCUCCACGCAAGCAGCUGGCGACCAAAGCUGCCCGCAAGAGUGCUCCGGCAACGGGCGGAGUGAAGAAGCCUCAUCGUUACAGACCCGGCACGGUAGCUUUGCGGGAGAUCCGCCGCUACCAGAAAUCGACCGAGCUGCUGAUCCGCAAACUGCCCUUCCAGCGCUUGGUGCGGGAGAUCGCUCAGGACUUCAAGACCGACCUGCGGUUCCAGAGCUCGGCCGUGAUGGCCUUGCAGGAAGCAAGCGAGGCUUACUUGGUGGGGCUGUUUGAGGACACCAACCUGUGUGCCAUCCACGCCAAGCGAGUCACCAUCAUGCCCAAAGACAUCCAGCUGGCCCGCCGGAUCCGCGGGGAGCGCGCUUAAACAGAGCGUACCUGGCCCUGCACGUUAACCCCGAGAAACCCAACGGCUCUUUUCAGAGCCACUAAA